AUGAAGUCCGUUCUCAAUGGUGGUGCACUCGUGGCAGCCGUGGCCCGCCAGAUGUAUCGGUCCUACCCCGAAGAUGAACCCCAUGUGCUAGAACAAGUGCCCCGUGAUAGUUCCACAGUUGCAGACCUCGCCAAGCCUGGGCUCCCAGGCGGAACUCCAAUUGCUUCGCGAUCCUCCGACGAUGCGGAGCAGCGAUAUUUCAUCUACCGUCGGGACCUCUCCAUCUUUCGUGUAGGCUACGUCUACGAGAUGGGGAAGAUACUCAACGCGGAUCCAACGCGAAUUACAGUGGCGUCACUCUCCAAUGGAUCUGUGGUGGUGAACACCGUUUUCAAGGUAGUUGGGACUUGGAAUGACAUCAAAUCUACGGACGAGCGCAGUCCAUGGGGUCUCAUUUCAUUACUGAAGGCUCUGCAAGCUGAUACUAGCUCGCAGCUGUACCAAAGCCCAUUCUUCAAGUUCAUCGACCGCAGUGAUAUGCCGGAGCCGCUGCCGGUUCGAUUGUGCGACGAUGGUGUCUUCCGGGUCUUCUGCCCAUAUACCGGCGGCAUUAUGAGCACUGGCGAAGCCCUGGGCAUCCUCUUCCUCGGCAUUGCCAUCGUGCCUUUGGCACUGGGCUGCCUGUGUUGUGGUCUUUGGCACAUAGAUGUUGACAAGGGAUCAGUUGUGGAUGUCGACGACAUCGUCGAGAAGCUUCAAGAGGACCCCAGUCAAGUGGACCCGAAGCUCCAGAUUGAGUAUGCCGAGUCCUGGCUCCAAGGGCGUUUCAUGGGUGAGGAGUGGCAGAAGCAGAGGAAGGUCAUUGCCAGCAUUGCGUAUUGA